CGGCAGACCAGCUUCUGCGGUGGUCGGUGCCAACAUAGUGUAGGCAUGCGGGAGAUCGCAGUCGCCACAUACAGCUCAUUCUACAAAAGACCACCAUUAAUUUCGGAGGAGUCCUAAUGGAAGAAAGGCCACCCUUCAACAUCUCCAAUGAUACGGUCCAGCAAGAACCAGAAGAUCCGCAUGGAACUGGGAUAGAGAAGUACACCCCCAAAGUUCCACAGCGCAGUACUUUUCGAUCUGUUUUGAUCGUCGUGACUUGUACUUUUGCUCUGGUACUCCAGACUUCAAAUAUGACGUCGGUUUCUAUAUCCCUGCCAACUAUUGGCCAAGACAUCGGGAUUCAAGAAGAUCAGCUCCAGUGGCUGGUUUCUGCAUAUUCUUUGAGUUCAGGGUGUCUCCUCCUGUUCUUCGGGCGGAUCGCUGAUUUGUAUGGUCGCAAGAAGGCAUUCAUAUUCGGCUCCUUAUUUCAACUCGUAUUUUCACUUGGUGGAAGCCGCGUCAAUGUCGGACAGACCCUCAUCAUUCUACGAGGUUUCCAAGGCCUCGGGGCAGCUGCCUCGGUCCCCUCAGCGGUGGGUAUAUUGGCACACGCAUUUCCGCCGUCUCGUGCACGGUCAAUUGCCUUUUCUACUUUUGCAGCAGGUGCUCCUAUAGGUGGUGCCUUCGGAAUGAUAGUCGGUGGUACAGUUACCCAACUUUCGAGCCAACACUGGCGUGCAACUUUCUAUGUAGCUGCCGCAUUCUCAGCGAUGUGUUGCAUCGGUGCUUUGAUAUCCUUCGAUGCCGAUAAAAAAUCCACAGAGGUUGACAAGCGCCUUGACUGGAUCGGCGCAGUUCUAGUGACAUCCGGACUUGUGUUUAUCGUAUUUGUUCUUGGCCAAGGACCUCUCGCACCGCAGGGCUGGAAAACCCCUUAUAUCAUCGCUCUUCUCAUCGUCGGUAUCUUCUUGGUUGCCUCCUUCGUUGUAUGGGAGCAUUUCCUAGAAAAAAUUGCAGAUGAUACCUCCAAACCCCGAUCGGCGUGGACGCCUCCCCCGCUCAUGAGACCGUCGUUAUGGACUCGGUCCAAGGGUAAAUUGGCAGUGGUCAUAUGUGUUGCGUUCUUCAACAUGUGCGGCUUCAGCAGCUGGACCUUUUGGGUUCAGCUGUACUACCAAAAUUAUCUUUUAUUAUCGCCAGUACUAACCAUGAUCCGAUUCUUACCGAUGUUUAUUUCGGGGGUGUUGUGCAAUUAUGUCGUUGCAUUACUCAUAGGAAGACUUCCACUUGUUGCAUUCGUCGUUUUUGGAACGUUGUUCAGCGCUGUUUCUUGUGUUCUGUUCGCGGUCAUCAACCCCUCCGUGACAUAUUGGGCUUUCGGAUUCCCAUCGACAAUACUUUCUGUUUGUGGCGCCGAUUUUGUUUUUGCAUCUGGAACGAUCUUUAUUGCGAAAACGGUAUCUCAACACGAGCAGAGCGUUGCUGGAGCUCUGUUUCAGACUAUGAUGCAGCUCGGGACUGCGUUCGGAUUGACCAUAUCCACAAUUGUAUUCGACAGCGUUGUCACGAAAGAGUCCGCUCAGCUGGGAGUCACUCUGAACUCCCAAAUGACGAAUGCUCCUGCAUCGGCGAAUCUGAGUGCAUACAAGGCUGCUCAAUGGAGUGCUGCUUCGUGGAAUCUUCUUGCGUCACUUCUUGGCUUCGUGUUUCUGAGAAGUGUUGGUGUGGUGGGACACAAGAAAUCCGACGACACUGCACAGCCAUCUCGAUCAGAGAAACACACCUAGAAGUCAAGCGCCUAUGUCAGUCAUAGAUAUCGACGAAGAUGUUGCAGCAAAUUUUUUCUGGCGAGUGUACAUAACAUUACUUAAUUGAGGGCCACAAACCUGCGAUGUAUGA